CGUCCCGGAGCGGCCAUGCGGGUCCUGGCGCUGCUCGCCUGGGCGCUGCUGCCAGGCUGCUGGGCGGUGAAGGGGCCCGGCACCGUGCGGGGAUUCCUGGGGGGGUCCCUCUCGGUGAACUGCACGUACCAGCGCGGCCAGGAGAAGAAGCCGAAAUUCUGGUGCCAACCGGGAGCACUUUACACCUGUGCCACUGACAUCGUCAUCACCUCGGAGCUGCUGCCCAGGGCACGGCAGGACCGAUUCUCCAUCUGGGACGAUCGCGCACGGCGGGUGUUCACGGUGACCGUGGAGGGCCUGGCCGAGGGGGACGCGGGCAUCUACCGCUGCGGGGUGCGAACGGGCAAAAUCCAGCGUGAUGAGAGUGACGAUGUGGAGGUGAUCGUGUCCCCAGCUCCUUCUUCCUCCUCCCCAACAUUGCCCUGCACCUCAACCACCCAGCACCCCGAUCUCACUAGCUCUGUAUCAGUCCCCAUACAGACAACUCCCCAGGAGGAAGCUGUGCAGCCAGGAUCAAAUAUCAUCCACCACAAAGGCUCCAGCCCUCCACACUUGGACGUGGUUGAGCACAUCCUCACUCCAGUCAUCGUAGUGGUUCUUCUUUUGCUUGCAGUUGCUGCUGGUGUUCUGGUAAUACUGUCCAGGAAGAGGAAGAAGGCCCUCUCUGGAGCAGCCGUGGAGAUGGACAGGACUCGCAGCGCAUCGCAUACAGGAGUGGAUGCCUUGAACUACGUGGACAUUAACCACUGCACGGGCACAGCCGAGAGCCAGUUGUACAGCAAUGCCGAGGCUUUCCGCUGCUUGGCAAACACUGCGACCGAAUACACGGAGAUCAAGCAGAGCGACAGGCAUUUGGAAGAGGAGAAAGAGGCUACAUAUGCCCGUGUGCAGAAGUCCCCGCCGGAGCAGCAGCAGAUCUACGCCAACAUGCUGUCAGGUCCACAGUCCAGAGAAGAGCUCUACAGCACAGUGCGGAGGGUGUGAGCUGGCCCCCGGCCCCGCGGGCUGCUCCUGGUGCCGGCAGCACCAGCGGGACACGGGCUGGCUUUCCGCUCGGGCAGGAGCUGGCUUGACAGCGGAGCUGCUGCUCUCGUAGGCUCGGACAUUUCCUUGGAGCAACCUCGAAGAGGAUGAGGUUGAGCAGGAGGUGCAGAGCGGGAUGAGGAUGAAAUCAUCCCUCUGCAUUUGGAGACCUCACCCGUACAGCAGUAGUGCUGGGAAUAAAAAACUGCCCCUUGCAUUGGGGUAGCCCAGACCAGAGACCGGCCAGGCAGGGUGUGCACGAGCCCGGCAGU